AUGGAUCUCCGCGAUGCGUAUGCCCUCGUUCCGUAUUGGCAAAUAUUGGUCCUCUUACGGGACACCGCCGUCAAACCAAGCACGAAACGUCGGGCGUGUUUAAUUACCGCGGGUGCAUUCCCGCCGUCGCCGCCAAACAUGUGCGUCAUCUCCUGCAUUGAGGUAAAGUGCGCAUUGCUGUGCAACUCUUGCGGAUCCCAUCGCCGCCGUGUCUCGGUUAAUGUGCCGCACUCCGUUAACAUGAGCUGUCGUCUAAGCGACAGUGGAAUAAUGCGCGUGUGGAUUCUGCUAUUUUCAAUGCAAUGCGAUGCGGCGAGCGCUUUAAUAAUAUUCCUCGGAGAUCCUUCGCAUGAAGGUAUUCUUGUACCUGCUUUGCGUGCUUCCACAGCCGUGCUUCUGUGUGACAUGCUUCACGUCGCCCCAGCGUAUGCCUUGAAGCAAGCUAUGGCCGCAUCUCCGGUAGGCUUUGUCAGCGUCGGGAAGAAGCCUUCUUGCACUGCAUGCGCCCUGGGGGAGUUGAAACAACAAGGAACUGUCAGUGUCAAGUACGGCACCAAGUCUGACCUUGUCGCUCUUUGCCGGAUUAUUUGGAUGUGUCAGAACCUGGCACCAACUUCAUUAGAUUAUAGUCUUCCGUUUUGGUUCGGGAACGAUGCCACGGGUUUCAUUUUGCUCGAAGCCUCGAACCUUGAUUGCACGGAAGCAUUCCCUGAUAUCGGCUCCGAUGGUCGCACUGCCGUACGGACCUGA